CUGGCUGCGACUACAACAUAUCUUCAGCAUCAGUUACCGACGUCUCGGCCUGGUUAUUUCCCCAAUGAUGCCACGAUACUCCGUCAUCCCCCAACCAUGUCAUGAUGCCCGGUGCUCCCUUUUGCGUACACCCCGUCAAUAGAGCAUUCGCUUCCCUAAGCGUUUCCAUGGUGACGAGAUUGGCAAUUUCUAAUUGAUCAUGCUUGAUUGAUUAUCGUCUAGUCGUCCCGUAAAGAGCCAUUGCGAUAUCACUUCGAUUAGACAUUUACUACAAGGGAUUAUUUCACUUUCAGAUUACUCCUGCUGGAAAAUCAAUUUCGAAAGGGAAAAAAAAUCAGAAUAAAGAAGUAUAUCAGUUGGUCCCUGUCCAUGAAAAGAAUCAACUUGAAAACCCGCAAAUGGAUGAAUUUCAUCGCCUAAAUUAAUGGAAUUUAUUAAACUUGUGAAUACAUGAAAUGACGCGUCACUUGACUUGUGGAUUAGCGGCUAGGAGAACGGGACAACAGGAAGAGUAUAAUUGCCUCAUCGCUUUUAUGGACAUAACGAACCACUUGGUUUGAUAAAUAACGGUCUGUUUCAAAAAACAUAAAUGUGAUUGACCACAUGCAUCCAUUGGUCGUUUCUCUGAAAAUCAAGCAAGGAUAAAACAAGAAUUCGUGACAAAUAUAAGGCCAAAAGCCAGCUUCCCAGAAGGAAAAAACAACGACUACAAGACCGGGGAUUCUCUUCCUCCCGGGAAACUGUUCGUGAAAAUGCGAGGUAAAUUCGUCUGGCCACGGAACCACGUGAUGUUGGCAGAAGACUUCAGUCGCGAUAAUGAUAAAAGUUUAAUAGUUUGAGAGUGCUUGAGACGUCAAUAAAGAUCAUCUUCGGGAUUGGCCUGCAAUUCACUGAGAUCAUAAAGUGGAUGAGAUCGAUCAAAAUAGCUCUCUCCGUAAACAUGAUGAAAGGCUGCAAUGAAUCUUAAGAAUAUGUAUAAAAGUGUAUAGAUGCCAAUCAUGUGUAGCUCAUGGAAUAGAUAACACUUUCUGGAGGAACGAACAUGAGAUUAUUCAUUUGGAAUCCUUUGAAGUAGCAUUUGUAUUCCUGGUUGACGGAAUUUCACCCACUAUGAUUGUGUCACCUCGUUGGUUACUCGAAAGACGGUUUCAUAAUUAUGCUCAUCUGUAUAAACAGCGAAUUUUUUAAUAGCACGGUUAGCUCCCUGACAAAAAUCAAACUUAUAUACAUUCACUUUGUUUUUAUUCGUUCACAGGAUGCGUGACAAGAACCAAGUUUAAAAUAUGUUUCUGAUUAUUUGAAAGCAUUACCAACGCCUGCAGAAUCGGGUCCAUUGAUACUUCUGUGGGAUCACAAAAACGUAAUUACAGAAUAAAUCGUGAGUUUCGUGACUUUUCGUGGGAAAUCAUUUCAAAAAUUAAAAUAAUUCUGAACAUCGUUUGUCUUUGAUAUAAGGUAUAAUGGCACCUGCAGACUUUAGCAAAAGAGGUGGCCAGAUAUGCGGUUGCCAGUCUAAGUGGAUGCACUGAUGAGCUGAUAUCAAUGUGAUUGUACAAUCUAACGAUGGAGGCAUAUACAUGGUGUCUCGUGGUUCUCCUCUGCGUCGUUGCCAUAGUUGGCAUACCUGGCAAUAUCCUCGUCAUGCUUAUUUACCAACGCAAAGCACGACGGUUGAGUAUGAACGUUUACAUUAGCGGUCUUGCCGCGGUUGACCUGUUCGUCUGCGCGCUGACCGGCUACCGCCUAUACUCGUGGAUCAACGAGAAACAAUUUUACAACAACACGGCAUGUCAACUCUUCACUUGGAUUGGCUUCUGGAGCGAGAUGUUAACCGCGUUUAUAACAACCGCAAUCGCGCUUGACCGCUACGUUUCUGUGUGUAAGCCUCACGCUGCGAUCAUAACCCCGGUACGCGCUUCAAUCUCAAUCGGCGUCUGUACCGUCGUAAGCGGUCUGCUUAGUUUGUUUUCGUUCCUGAUCUACGGAGUCCACAGUCAGGAGUGCAAGAUUAUCAACGAUGGACUUCUUUUGUACUUGUUUGCUACCUUGACUUUCAGUGCGUUUGCAUUGCUAAUGGGAUCAGCGUUGAUCUUCUAUUGGCUCGUCUUUCGAGAAGUUCGAAAACGGACAAAGGUAGGACCGAGAUUAAUUGAAGUUAAACCAAGAAACGAAUCGAGUACGCCGCGACCGGAACCGACAAUUGUACGCUCUCAUUCUCUCCCCUGCUCUCCAACCCAUCGUCGCAACAAAAACAGCAAAUGGAACCAAGCCCAUCGGAUGAUGAUCGCCAAGCAAUUAGAACAGAAGGUGACACUUGUCAGUCUAGCUACAUCAUUUCAAGCAGGGCGUUUACAUCCUUCGGCAAGUUUAGGUGUUGAUACGGUUACAAUUAGUCAGAAUACCUUUUUAACCGCCGAUUUUAAUACAUGGAACGUGAAUCUACCGCGUCACAGUAGCGCCAACGGUCUGGACCUGUCAACAACGUCAGACUUGCGGUCACGCCCCUGUAGCGUACACAACUUCGGCAGUCAGAUCGCGCUGUCGACGGCGUUUUGCCAAACCAAAGAUACCACCCAGGACAAAGCCAAUAACCAACCGGCGUUGCGACGACGGCGUACCGGUAAAAUGCUGCUUCUUGCCACAGUCGUCUUCGUGAUCACGUGGACCGCUCGAUGUAUCAUGUGGCUCGUCGAAUUUCAGGCGGAAACUUGGUGGAAAGAAAUCCGACAAAACAAUGACUUCGCUUUUGCUGUGCUCAUCAUUUUACAGCAUAUCUACUACACGACACCGGCUGUAAACCCCGUGAUUUAUAGUUACGUUAAUCCAAGAUUUCGAGAGGAUUGUACAAAAGUAGUUCGAAGAAUAUGUAGGAGAAGAGAGGAGCUAUAACAGAGACUUGAAAUAGCAAUUUCUUAUUGUCAAUUAUUUGGAGACAGUCGACUCCCUGUUUUCUAUAUACUACAGAAACGAACAUAAUUAUUUUUGUAACUGAGCCUACGCGUGUUGUGAAAUAUAAAACUUGACUGAGAAUGUACAUAAUUAUUUCUGAAAUAUUUUGUAUAUUCACAUGUAUAUCUCAUACCUAUGUCUUUCUAAAACAUGUCUUUCUUUGCGAAAUUGAUGCCUCGUGUAAAAUCAGCAAUACUUUGGUUCUGAAAUACUCACCAAAUACAAAUAUAUUUGUUGUAUAUCUUUAUAACAGUUGCACUUUCUACUGCGAUAAACAAGUCAACCGCAGAUCUACUGUCCAAAAACUAAAUAAAUAUAUUCGUUUAAUCUUUAGUGUAUUGACAAUUAUAAAGCGCUUAAUAGUAUUUCUGAGAGUUGCCACAUGCGUUUAUUAAUAUUAAAUUAUUAUGAUUACUAUUUAUUUCAUCAUUAGUAUAUACUUUAUUUUAAUUACUAUCAUGAUCAAUAUCAUCAUCAUCUCCUUCAUCUCUAUCGUCAUGAUCGUCAUCAUCAUCUUCAUCAUCAUCAUCAUAGUUUAGCAGUUGUAAUAGUACCAUCAUUAUUGGUAUAUAAUAUCAUUUUAAAACCGUUGAUUGAUUGAUUUAAAAACAAUGUUCAGAUGUUUAAAGGAUAAGAUAGAACAAUAAAGGUUACAUAGAAAUCAUAAACUUGACCAGAAAGUAGCAAACUCAGCCGGGCAUGAUCUCAAUAUGUAAGAACAAAUGUAGAAUUAUGAUAAAAACUAAAUAAAACUACUUCAAUUUAAAUGUAUGUUUGUAAAUGAUUAUUAGAAACAAUAGGAUAAUAUUCCCAAUUGCAGUAUAGAUAUAUUUAUGAAUUUAUGAUCAAGUGUUACGAUUUAUAAUGACAAAUCAUUUGUUAAAGAAUCUAAAACUCUUUCUGGAUUUUAUUUCAAUUUGAUUUGACUAGUUCUAUGUUGUUCAUGUAAUAUGACCUGCAACAAAUCUUUCGCAAUUCGAUUAAUGUACACCAAGAUUGUAUCUGCAAGUAUAUGAUCAAUUAUUGACUGAAUAAAUCUGUUUGAAUUCAAUAUUUGUUUCAACAAAAAUGGAACCAUUUCCAAUCAUCCCUAUUUCCCAUUGGAUUUUCAUUUUAUCUCCGACAUUUGGACAUGUGGCGCCGGUUUUGAGCAAGCAACCGCCGCUGGAGUAAGUGAUGGACAAACAGUCACUUCAUAGGUGAGCUGGAUGGAACUAUUUUUUAUGAAGCAGAGCUGAGGAAAGAUGGUGUGUGCAUUCAGCUCACUAAGAGAGAGGAAG